CCAGAUUAUCAACCCCCUCACGAACCUCCCCUCCUCUUCAAACCUGCAAACAUGGCCACCAUCGACUCCGACAACUCCUCUCCGGACGUAACUGACCACGAGGAAAACAACGAACAAUGGGGUGACGACUCCGAGGAAAUUGAGCUCAACAACAUCAUGCAAGCAACCGCGACCCCUGUUGCUCUGCACUCCUCGUCUUCGAGCUCAGCUCUCAGCACCAAUUUGCCACCGAAGAAGAGGAAGAGUGCGAUGUCUAGGAAGGUCUCAAAAGCGAGCUCUUCCGGGAGGAAGAAGGAGAUUACGCCCAAGAUGCAGGAUCGGCAGGCGAGGGGGAAGGAUGCGGCGAUGUUUAGUAGCGAGGAUGAUUCUAGUGAUAUGGAUGGGAAUCCUAAAUAUAACCCCUACGAAAACGCAGAAAUCUACGAAGCCCGCCAACGCCGCCGCCUCGCCGCCGUAAUCCUCGACAACCCCGAGCUCCUCAUGAUGCACGCCCAGUCCCGCAACGACAGCAUCCCGGGUACCCGGCACUACUUCGCCAAGCUCCUGGCCGGGUACCAGGACGACGCUGGCAGCGCGGGGAAGUUUAGGGAGGAGUGGGAGAAGGGGGUGAGGGGUAAGGCGAAGGGGAAGGGGAAGAGGGGUUAUGGGUAUUGAGAAAGUAGUGAGACAGAGAGGAGCGGAGGUGGGAAUGGGCAUUGAAAGAGCAUCGAACGACGAACGACUUUUUGUUUCUAAGGUAGGGAGGAUUUCAUUUUAGUCUGAGCGUGGCGUUGAUUUGGGGGGGCAUGGGUAUGCAUCAUCUCUCUCUUCUAGGAGCAUUGAGCAUACAACACAGGGCGGCAGCGAUUCUCUACUAGGAGCAUAGCGGCAUAUACGGAGGAAGCGAUUCUCUUCUCUUCUCAUCACGAAUUUCAACAAUGAGCCUGAAUCUUGAUCUCUGUCUCUCUAUUUCUCUAUUUCCUGGGUACUGUUACAUGAUCGAAGAUAAAUCAUCCGUCCGUCCAGCU